AAUCCGCAGAAAUUCAUAGGAUCAUUAAUGCAACCUUGAACCUCUCUCCUGCAUUCGCUAGCCCUGGGCGCCUCCCGGCAACAGUUCCGCCUCCAACAUUUUUGAUGAGGCUGAAUCAAUCUGAUAAAUCAGCUAACCCUAGUUUUUCAACGUCAACUCCUCUGCUCCAUACGAGAACACGACCAGAAUGUGAUCAAAAGAUCUGCGAAGCAAUCAUCAAUUCACCUUCGGCAUAAUUUUCACGUGCGCUGCGCAGCACCUGUAAGGCCGCUAUUGGGCCGCCUGCUUUUGGCCGAACAUCGUCCUAGCGAUUGACCGACUUGGCUGACCCUGCGAGAGGGCGUAGGGUUUACCCGUCGAAGUACCAACCCUCAACCGUUCGCGCCAUCUGGGUCUCACUGUUCUUUAGCCACUGAGGCUUCGGAUCUUACCUUUUUCUUCGCCGGGAGCUAAUUCAUCCUAUACGCGUUAAUUUCUCACCCGCUGUCUUUACCGUUGAAGCCGGUCGAGCAUCUCAUCCUGAACACGCGGGGGGUUCAUCUAACUACACCUGCGAGCUCCGGCUCCCAACUUAACAACUUAAUCCAUCAACUUAAUCUAUUGUGGCGCCUACUUUAAGUAUGAAGGCCGCCCUCAGAGCGCGGGGGACCCAGUUAUCCCCCGGCGCAAUCGCUGGGACAGUGAUCGGCUGUGUUAUCGGAGGGAGCCUAUUACUCAUAGUCUUAGGCUUUCUCUACUUUCGACUCAGAAGGAAGUCCAGGGAAGCCAGGUUAGCGGAGGAAAUAUCACCAACUGAGAAGUCAAACAGGGCCCAGCGUAGGACUCUGUUCCCUCUUCCCAGCUUCCUGCCUAGACAGACCCCUGCUACACAAGAGAGUCGCCCUCCUUCUCUUAAAGAUGAUAUUGAGAGAGGGGUCCCCACUUUCCCUGACGGCUCGGAAUUCCAAGGGCCACAUGCUUCUGGCUAUGGGAACGACCUCAUGAGGGAUCAUGAAACAUAUUACACGCAAAACUUCGGUCAGCAGCCUUUUCCUCCAGGUAUUGAUUUCUCUCUGCCUCCUCAGCCGUCGGUCUUCACAACAACCAACGAGCCAGGAAAAAAUCUGCCUUUGGACAAUGCUGCCCCUGCACAAGAAGCCGCCAAUUCUAGUUAUUAUGACACUAGGAUUUCAAUGGACUCGGUUCCUGAGCAAGCACCGAUACCACCGUCUAGACAGAUGACCGAGCUUUAUGAACAACAGCUUAGACAAUCACGAGAAGAACGUAGACGAAGCGGUUCCUUGACAAGUCGGAUCUGGAGUAGCUUCAAGAGAAAACGAUCUACGCACUCCUCGACUCACGGUACCAGCAGUCCUCAGCAUUCGACGUCACAGCAGUAUUUUCCUACUUCGCCAGUUGCCAGCCCUAUCAGCAUGAAGCCAACGUCUGGAUUUGAAUCGGCAGAAGGAGGAAGCACGCAGACGAAGAUUCCGGGAAAUCGGUUUUUCGAGGAACCCGGAGAGAUGCCUGAAAACCCGAAUGUUUCGGGCACUUCUGUGAGUGGAAACUUGCAGGAUAGGGAUCAGCAGCAGCACAAGAAACAGAAACGAGGAGAUUCGCGGUUUGAUGAAUUCCCUCUCCGGACUAGCUCGACAAUUCGAGAGACAACUGAGAAAGACCCGGAGUUGCCCUCAGCCGCCCUGAGGAGCCGGGAUUCCACUGACGGGUUACCUCCCUCAGCUCAGCCACAAUCCGAGACCCGGUCCCAAAGACUUAUGAGCCCGGCCAUCCCGGAACCUAUGGAGUUGGACGAGACAGUUGAAGCUGUUCAUAGACCCUCUGUCUUCCAAGGCUCCCACUCUCCUCCUCUGCAGCCAGAGUCAUUCGUGUCGCCGAUGUCCAUCAUGCAUCCAUCCAACGCUGUCGAGAAAGCGGCCUAUACCCACUUUCAAAUGGAGAACUCCAUGUCCCCUCCGACGUUUCCCACCUCGCCCCCCGCCAUCAUUACCGAUCAGCCAUCACAGGAGACUUUCAACAACGUUGCCCAAGGCCCCCAAGAUGACUUCGACGCCGAUAGCUUCCUCGACAUUCCUAGUGACGACGAACCUCGCCAGUCCGGAGAUUCAUAUGAUUAUACUACUACACCGGGACAUACACCGGGGCAGAGCUCUACAACAGAUCCUUCGAUGGGAAGGACACCUGACACUCGUCUAACGGUGUCCCCAUCCCCAUACCCAGUGAUAAAUGAGCAUGUCAAGGCGGAACCGGAGUCGAGCUCGUCGCCAGAAGCCUCCAAGCUAUCUCCCCAGUCGCCCGCCCACAUCUGCGAAGAAUGCGGACGAUACUUCGAUCAAGUGCACAAGCUUAACCACCAUAAACGUUAUCAUGACCGCAAACAUGAAUGUACUUAUGAGGGUUGCGAUAAGAAGUUCGGUACUAAGACACAUCUCGAUCGCCACAUUAACGAUAAGCAUGUGAAAUCGAAGGCAUACCACUGUAUCGAACCAACCUGUCAAUACUAUAAGGGUGGCAAAGCUUUCCCAAGAAAGGAUAACUGGAGACGACACAUGGUCAAGAAACAUGGGGCAACGCCGGGCGACCUCGAGAUGAUGGACGAGUCAGUGGGAUGAAAGGCUAUAUGUAGUCUUUGUUCUUAGAUGUUAGGUUACCUUGCCUCUCAUCAUACAUCCAGUAUAUGCGUAUGCUACCAGAGACAACAUCCCAACACUGUACUCGAAGGUUCACCCUGGCCAACUACGUGACGACGCGUGGUUCUAGACGUUAACGGAAGAGGGUCCCAUCGGAACAUAUGAUCGCCUUCAAGCAUAUUCCGAUGCACCACGAACCUUCGUUUCUAUAUUUUACGACUUUUCGAUAUUCGAUACACUCGUUCAUGCAUAUAAGGGUAUAUAUUUGGUAAUAGCAUUCGGGACAUAGGAUCAAGCGAAAGCGAAGUCGGAACCUUCUUUGGGUCGAUCACUGUAAUAAAGCAAUGGCGCUAGCGGUUUUUCUCAAGAGAUAUCAAUGUAUUCCAACACAAGCGAUAUGGGUUUUUAGUUCUCACGAAUAUAGCUAAGAGGCAUGGAUAAAACGGUUGGAUAGAAGCUCAAGCAAUUCACAACACGAAUCUUUUCAAGUCUAUCCCUCAUUCCAACGUUUGUGAGCUCGAAGCCAGUUCACAUUUCAACCACAUAGGUAUUUAAUGAUUAUGC